AUGACGCAGCUCGCUGAUUUUCGCUUCUUCAGAUUCAUAAUCCCCAACAUGGAGAAUCAAAUUAGAUUGCCGGUGCCCUUCUCCAACGUUGUACGGAAUAACAUGAGGAACCCCGUCGAGGUAAUCACCACAAACGGUCAGUCGUGGAGCAUCUUGUGGGUUGUGGAGGAGGAGCAUCCGCAUCAAAUCGUAUUCACCGGCGGCUGGCGAGCCUUUUACGAACACUACCACCUGCGAAUCGGUGACUCAAUGCUGCUAUCGUAUCACCAACCCAAGUUUUUCUAUGUGGCCAUCCACGACACAACAUACUUCGAGAUCAACUACGGAAGAAACUUGAGAAACGGAAGUCUUCCGGCAAUACCCGCACAUGGCAACUAUACAGUCCGGUUCUUCACGAUAAUCCCGGUGAACGCCCCUGAUACACUGAAGCUCCCGCUAUGGUUCUCCCGGGAAUAUGGCCGGUCCCUACCGCGACCACUGACCCUAACCACGCCUACAGGACAUCGUCAUCGCGUGGGCUGGAAUAUGCAACCUAACGGGAGGAUCGUGCUUCAUGGAGGAUGGGACGGUGUCCGGGCACGCUAUGGCCUAAGGGAUGAGUGGCUUGUGCUGUUCCGUUAUCACGCCGUUCAGAACACAAUGUACGUCAUGUUCUUCAACGGCCAAACAAUGGAAAUCAACUACUUCGCCCAUGCCGGCCCCGGGACGGACUCCACUUGUAUAACCGAUCCGUCGGCCCCCAGGUCAAGGCACAUAGCCGAUGGGUUCAGAUCGCCCAAUCCGUUCUUUGUAAGUCCAAUCGUGCACCGCCUGGCAAACCGUUUUCUCCCGAAUGUCCCCCCUCUGCCGGGAGUAUGCGAGGAUAGCCCAAUUACGAUUACCAACGACAAGGGCGCGUGGACCGUUCGGUAUACGCACUAUGUCGGGAAGACGAACGGAUGCUUUGGAAUUGGCUGGUCUGCCUUAGCAACUGCAUGCCAACUAAGACACGGCCAUGUUUGUGUCUUCGAACGGCUUGCGCCGCAAGAAUACCGGCUGCAUAUAUAUUGA